GUGUAGCUGUAAAACCUGCUCUUAUUCAGAAGACAGGAGGGAAACACGGCACUCUAUCCGUGCUUCUGUUUAUCCGGUUCAUCCCCUCUGACUCGGAAUGAACCAGCGUUGAUGUCCGUCGCCGGGCCCGUUUAGCCGCCGUCACCCCCCGUGCCUUCGUGAUCCUGGCGGGCCCGAACCACCCGCCAUGGCCUCAGCGUUCCCCCGCUGCACAUCUGUCAGACUCCCCAUGUCUGUCGCCGUCAUCCUCCUGCUGAUGUCAGUGACCGCUGUGCAGUCCUCCCAAGGGGACAAGGAACCGGUGUACCGGGACUGCGUAAAGCUGUGUGUCCAGACGAACUGCACCGGAGCCCGGCUGCUGGGUUUCGAGUCCAGCCAGCCGCACUACAUGGCGCUGACAGGUUGGACGUGUCGGGACGACUGUAAAUACCAGUGCAUGUGGACCACUGUUGGCCUUUACCAGGCUGAGGGAUACAGGGUCCCUCAGUUCCACGGAAAGUGGCCGUUUGUGCGCAUCUUGUGCUUCGAGGAACCUGCAUCUGCGCUGGCAUCUCUGCUGAACGGCUUGGUCUGCCUGCUGAUGAUGCUGCGCUACCGGAGCACGGUGCCACGCCAGAGCCCCAUGUACCACACCAUCAACGCCUUCUCUCUGGUGUCACUGAAUGCUUGGUUCUGGUCUACAGUGUUUCACACCCGGGACACAUUUCUCACUGAGAAAAUGGACUAUUUCUGUGCAACAGCAGUGAUUCUUUACUCCAUCUACCUGUGCUGCGUCAGGACUUUGGGUCUGAGGCGGCCAGCCGUGUCCAGCAUUGUGGGCGUUCUGCUCAUCCUGGCCUUCACCUCCCACGUCUCCUACCUGACGUUUGUCAGAUUUGACUACGGAUACAACAUGGCCGCCAACGUGUCCAUCGGCAUGGUGAACAUGCUGUGGUGGUUCUGUUGGUGCUGGCAGAACCGGCGGACUCUCCCCUACUGGUGGAAGUGUGGCCUGGUGGUUCUGCUGCUUCACGGCCUGGCCCUGCUGGAGCUGCUGGACUUCCCGCCACUGCUCUGGAUCCUAGACGCCCACGCUGUGUGGCACCUCAGCACCAUCCCAGUGUACUUCCUUUUCUACAGUUUCCUGAUAGAUGACAGCCUCUAUUUACUGAACACAGAGAAGCUGGGGGUUAAAGUUGAGUAGGAGGAGCGGAGCGCCUCUUCAUCGCUCACAGAAGCCGCUCCGCCUCCCAGAUGACGCUCACCACACCUCUGACUCGCAUCAAAGUACACUUUGUUUACAUUUUCUUUAUUUGACAUCCAUAUUUGUUUUACUCUACCUUUCACUGCCAUGGGUAUUACAGUCUUAUCACAACUGCACAUUUUGAGACGCGUUCAAGGGGGGAAAUACUUGAAAAGAGAA